CUGUUCAAAUAAAUAUAGAAUUUUAUUUCACAGAAAAACAAAAAAGUUUAUCAAAAAAGUUGUAAAUUUUAGAAGUUUAAAAUUUCAGAAGAAGGUUUUAACAUCUGCUUUACAAUCCUUUACGCAUAUACGAUAUACAGACUUGAAUAAUAUAUAUAUAGAUAUAGAUAUAUGAACAUACACAUAAUAUAUACGCAAAGUAAACUAUGAGCGAGUACCAACAUGGGUUGUGUUCUUGUAUGAACAAUGUUAGUUUAUGUCUGGUCACAACUUUUGUACCAUGUUAUACAGCCGGUAAAAACGCAGAAGCAUUGGAGGAGAGUUGUUUAUUGUUUGGUAUAGCGAGCAUAACCCCAAUUCUACCAAUAACAAAUGGAAUUAUUAGAAAGAAAAUUCGAGAGCGGUACGGAAUUCACGGUUCGUAUUUUAGUGAUGUGGUAACUAAUUGGCUUUGCUCAUGUUGUGCUUUAAUUCAAGACGCACAGGAAAUCAAAGAACAUGGGGACGAUUCACCAGAAGGAAUGAUUAUAACACGUGAUUAAGAUGUGAUCAGUGCGUGAAGAACACGUACUUAGGGCAUAGUAUACAAGAAAUUUUUAGGUGUUUAUAUGUAGUUAGAAUGGAGUAAUAUUUAUGUAAAUAAAUAAAAAUUGACUUGUGA